AAGAAGCUUCACUCCGCCCACCGUCCAGCUCCAUGCAACCUCAGACCGUGUGCAUACAACACGAAGAAGCUGUUUCCUGACUCGAGCUGCAGAAAGAUUUGAAGUAUGACUCGUCGCGUGGCAGUGAUUGGAGCAGGCAGCUCAGGUAUGGUCUGCAUCAAGUGCUGCCUGGAUGAAGGGCUGGAGCCUGUUUGCUUUGAAAGCAGCAAUGACAUCGGAGGCCUGUGGAGGUUUAAGGAGAAUCCAGAGUCAGACAGAGCCAGCAUCUACCACUCUGUCAUCAUCAACACCUCCAAGGAGAUGAUGUGCUACAGCGACUUCCCCAUCCCCGCACAUUUCCCAAACUUCAUGCACAACACCCUCAUCAUGGACUAUUAUCGGAUGUACGCCGACAACUUCAAGCUCAUCAAGCACAUCCGCUUCAAUACCAGAGUCCUGCAGGUGAAGCAGAGAUCAGACUUUUCCCAUUCAGGCCAGUGGGAUGUUGAAACGGAGAACAGUGAAGGCAAAAAGGAGAAACACAUUUUUGAUGCCGUGAUGAUCUGUGUUGGACAUCACUGCCACCCCAACCUGCCUCUCCAUGACUUCCCAGGCAUCGACACUUUUACGGGGAAGUAUUUCCACAGCAGAGACUACAAGACUCCUGAAGAGUGGAGGAAUAAAAAGGUUGUGGUGAUUGGAAUCGGAAACUCUGGAGGUGACAUAGCAGCGGAGCUGAGCAGAUUCACCAAGCAGCUUUACCUGAGCACUCGUAGGGGAGCCUGGGUUCAGAACAGAGUUGGGGACAACGGGAUUCCCCGUGAUCUGUUGAACAACAGGGUCAGAGGUUUUCAACGGAGAAACUUACCCUUUGUUUUCUGUUCUCUGGGAGAGAAGAAACUCAACUCCAGAUUUGAUCACACUCUGUACAAUCUGAAGCCAAAGCACAGGUUGCUCAGCCAACAUCCCACAGUGAACGAUGAGCUUCCCAACCGCAUCCUGUCUGGAACAAUUCAGGUGAAACCCAACAUCCGCAGAUUUCAAGGUUCCAGUGUGGAGUUUGAUGAUGGAAGUGUAGUGGAAGAUGUUGACCUGGUGGUUUUUGCCACAGGUUACCGGUUUUCCUUUCCAUUUCUGGCUUCACAAGUGGUCUCAGUGUCUGAGAACAAAGCAUCUCUGUACAAGUAUGUGUUUCCUCCUGAGCUGGAUCGGCCCACGCUGUGUAUCAUUGGUUUAGUGCAACCACUGGGAGCCAUUAUGCCCAUCUCUGAGAUGCAGGCCAGAUGGGCCACACGUGUCUUUAAAGGCUGCUUAAAGCUUCCUUCAGUGGCUGCUAUGCUAAAAGAUAUCCAGUAUAAGAAAGAGACCAUGGCUAAAAGGUAUGUCACCAGUCAGAGACACACCAUCCAGGUGGACUAUGUUGACUACAUGGAUGAUGCCAAGAUAGUGGGGGUUCGACCCAACAUCCUCAAGCUGCUGCUGACUGAUCCCAGAAUUGGAAUGAGCGUGGCGUUUGGUCCAGUCACACCCUACCAGUAUCGUCUCGGAGGGCCAGGAAAGUGGGCCGGAGCCCGGCAGGCCAUCCUCACCCAGUGGGAGAGAAUAUCUCAACCCAUGCAGACCAGACCCUGUGAGGUCAAAGCCAAGAGAUCCGUCAUGUGGCCUCUGGUUCUGUCAACUGCUGCUGUGAGCUUGGCUGCCUACGUGAACAGGAACAACCUUCCAGCCAUCCUACAGGAUCCAUCUGCAUUGCUGGACAGGAUUAGAGAGCACCUGCCUGCAAUGCUGCAACAUUCUUAACCAGUCAGCUUCAUCUGUGAUCACUCUUUGAAUGUUUGCUCAGCAAACGUCUGCACUAAACUACAACAAUGUCUGAAAUUGACAAUUUACUGAUACGUUAGUGAAUGAUGUAAUUGUAUGGUAACUUUGAAGGUCAGCUCCACAUCACUAUUUGUCAAUGAUUAGCAGCCAUAUGUAAACUGACCACUCUUAUUUUCUGGAUUUUCACACUGUCCGCUGACAUCUGUCUGACCAGCUGCAUAAAAUGUUUUACUCAGUAAGAGUUCUGGGUCAGCUUACCUUCACAGACUCACACUCUGUGUUGGUAAGCCCACAGUAUACCAGAAUACUAAUAACCACCCCACAGCAGUAAACUUUGCAUGAGGAUUUGGGUGAAUUUCUUCAACAUCAGUAUCUGGACAAAAAAAGAGAUCAUCUGUUAAACAACAGUUUAAAACGAUUAACUAUUUUGCAUCCUUUAAUAUACUUACAUUUUCUUUCAAAUAACAAUAAAUAUCUGCAAAAUGUUUUUUGCGGAUUUAAGUAUAGUAAAAUAGCGUUAUUUUGCAAUUGAAGAUCAUAAAAGAACAAAUUACUAUAUGUUAAAGUUAAACAUUUUUCAGGUGGACACUGCUUGCAAUUUUAGCCUGUUUUUCCUGUAUUUUUUCUAACAGUUAACAUGUAAUUUUAUUCUUUUGUCUGUUAUUGUUACCAAUUAUUAUCUGUAAUUUAACAAAACAAAGAAAAUCUGUGAAAUAACUGUAAAUUGUUGAUGAAGCACUGUUAAAACUGUUUCAAACUUUCAUUCUUGAUGUUUCUUGUGCAUAAAGCUAAUGAUGAUUCACAGCUACAGUAUCGUUAUGAAGGUAGCAAAAGCAAACUGUGCAAAAGUAUAAAUCCACCUCAAAAUCAAUGUUAGAAGCCGAUAUUGUCUGUUUUAGUCUGACUGAACUCUUUCCUGCAGGCUUAAUAACUCUCCCAACUGAGAAGAUCAUGAUGGAGGAUGGAUUGAGAAAGACACAGCAGAGAUGCAUCAAAAGUAAGAAAAAAAACUGUGAAGCUGAAUUACAAAGCUGCUGUCGUUUACUGCUGCUGUUUAUUGUCUACAAUUAACAGCCUCUUUCCUCCAUAAUUCCUCAUAACCCCUCAGUAAGUUGUAAGAAUAAUAAUGCAUCAGCUGUAGGUGGAGAAUGUUUUCAGAAUGGGCAAUUUGAAUAAAAUAUGGGGAAGUUUUUAAACAUAAA